UGCAAAUGGAUUUUAUUUCAGUUUCUGGUGCAUUUUAAGCAGACACAAGAAGGGCUACAAAGAUACACACUCAAAGACACAAGAGGCAGUUGGAUUAACCUGUGUUGAGGAUAGUGAGAAUGAAAAACAAAAAAGAUUAGCAGUUGUUAAGGAAAAACUUUUCUUGCUGUUGAGAGCUCAAAAAUAUUUGUUACCACUUACAGUGUUUUACUUUGUCAUGUACUUCACCAACCAAGGACUGCUAGAGUUAGUGUACUUCCCAGCAUCACAAAUGACACAUGCACAGCAGUACUCCUGGAGCAACACCAUACGUUGCCUUGGUACCCUUAUCUCCCGCAGUGCACACAAAUUAUUCCUUCUCUCCAGCACCUGGAUUUACUCUGGUUUGGCUAUGGUAAUCCUGGUAGUGGUAGGAAUGGAGGCACACUACCACUACCUACCAUCAGAAUACAUCAUCUUUACACUGCUUUUCCUACAGGGUCUUCUGGAAGGUGCUGCCUUCAGGUCAACAGUAUUCACUGUGCAUGAAAAGGCUGGUGACAAGGAACGAGAAUUUUGUUUGGGAAUUUUCCCUGUAUCUUUAUUUCUUCCAGCAAUGCUAGCUGGAUUUGCCUCCAUACCUGUUCACGAUGUGCUUUGUCAGAACCACCUUUAUCUGCAAUAAUAUACAUGACCAGUACUGGGAGAAAUACAAAUAUGUUCAACUUGUCUCUAUAAUCUUAAUUCAGGAAUAAGCAGCCUUAUGUGAUUUGACAUUGCAUGUACAUAGCUAAGUGUAGCUUUCAUCCAAUAUAUCAACAGUAAAUGUUAAUAGUGUCUUGAAUAGCACUCCCAAAGAAUGUACUGCAUGAGAAUUGCCUAUAUUGUACAAGAGAAUUGACGAUAUUUAAUUGACUUCAGGUCUUUAACAAUUAGGAAGACAUUACUCUUACAUGUGAUGGGGCCUACCAUCAUCUACACUUCCAUUCGUCUUUUUUUUUUUUUUUUUUUUUUGCUGUCAGAUCCACAAAUGACAACAUUAUACAGUAUAUUCAUUUAUAUUUCACUCCUGGCCUGUUGUAACUAACAUUUAAUGUAACCUAAUUAUAAUGAUGUAUACAUUAUAUUCAAACAUACAACUGUAUGAAAUUUACAUCUAUAAUAUAUAUAUUUAGCAAAACUAUUUUUUUUUUUUUUUUUUUUUGCUGCCUCUCACCAAGGCAGGGGAUACAAAGUUUUAAUGGCUAUAAUCAUAACCAUGAUUUUUAAAGGGAUAGACUGGUAAGUCAGCAGAAAUCUUCGGUCAGAUGACCAAAAGCUCCAGCUGUGGAUCAUCAUAUGACUAAGACCCACAUCAAGAAACACUUGUCCUGUUUCCUGACAAACAUUAUAUCUACAACCAAAGUAGGGUAACAUUUAUAUACCAUACAAAUUCCAGCUUGGAAAUAUCCACACUGGGGGUCUAAGAAACAGUUACCUAUGUAGUAAGUGUGCGUAUAUUUUUUUUAGUUGGCUGAACUUUGCAAAUAUUACUUGGACAGUCUCUCUAUAUCUUGUUCAGAGACUAGCCUCUUACUGCUCAGAUUAUCUGAAGUUUAUCUUAAGUUAGAAAGUUCCAUAUGUUAUGGUAAGAGAAUUUAUAUACUGCAAUCUCAGAACAAUCUAAGCUGUUCAACUACUGUUUGCAGCUACACUUCAUGUCAAUUACGUACAGCUUAAUUUCCAGUUAAAAUUCGUAAGAAUUAUGUGCAACUACCUUUCACACACACAUUUUGUUGUUGUAAAGCUGCAUCUGUUACACUUCAGGUGAAUUACACUGUGCAACUGAAUUUCACGACACCGUAGUUCUUUGUUAGGUUGUCUGGCUCCUAUAACUGUGCUAACUAAACCUUUCAAAUUCA